AUGGCUGAAAGCAGUGAAGGAAAGACCAUAAAAUGUACCACGUGCUCAGCCUCAUUUGAACCAAGCAAUUACCUCUGGCAAAGACAAAGUGUCCUACCAAGCAACACAUUUUGGAACCGACAUAGUUUCAGAUACUCGAGUUAUUUUUUUUAUGAUUAUCUGUUUCUUUAUGAAAUCUGUCCUUUUGGAAGGAAACUAGGACAAGGCAGCUUUGGAGUGGUAACUGAAGUAAAACACAGGACUACCGGCAAAAAAUGGGCCAUCAGAAAAGUUAACAGGAAAAAGGGCGGAAGUUCUGCCAUGAAGCUACUUGAACAGGAGGCGAGCAUCUUAAAGACAGUGAACCAUGAUCAUGUAAUACACUUGGAAGAGAUGUUUGAGACACCAAAGAUGUAUCUUGUAAUGGAGCUGUGUGAGGAUGGAGAGCUUAAAAAAAUUCUUUCACGACAAGGACAUUUUACAGAAAAUGAGACAAGGCACAUCAUUCAGAGUCUUGCUUCAGCAAUAGCAUAUCUUCACAAAAAUGAUAUUGUUCACAAAGAUCUAAAAAUGGAGAACAUUUUAGUUAAAAGCAGUGACAUCGAUGAAGCUAAUGAAAUGAAAUUAAACAUAAAGGUGGCUGACUUCAGUUUAGCUGUACAAAAAACUGGUGGUAGUGAAAGCAUGUUUCAGUCCAUCUAUGGGACUCCUAUAUACAUGGGCCCUGAAGUUAUCAGUGCCUAUGACUGCAGCCAACAGUGUGACAUUUGGAGCAUAGGUGUCAUUAUGUACAUGCUACUAAGAAUUGAACCGCCUUUUAUAGCAAGCUUAGAAGAAAAGUUUUUUGAACUAAUAAGAAAGGGAGACCUGUGCUUUAAAAAUCUGGUCUGGCAAACAGUUAGUGAGGCUGCAAAACAAAUAUUGAGACUACUUCUGAAAGUCAAUCCUGCUCACCAAAUCACAGCUAAUGAAUUACUUGAUAACCAGUGGAUAACAGUACCUGAGUAUGCUUGA